AUGACUGAGGUUGUGAUGCCAGGGCAUUUCAGGCACUCUGGCAGCAUUGGUAACAUGGCCUUCACGGCGCCCAUGGCGAGCGCCGCUCCGGCAAUCGAAAUGUUGCCGAACCCUGACUUCUCCUUCCCGCGACAACCCGCCGCAGGACCUCGUAGCAGCCACUCUGCUCGCGCUCGACCGAUGUCGACGUGCAUGCCAGCUCGGCCUCGAACAUCAGACAAUGUUUCUCACAGAAGAGGAGGUUCCGUCGCGCUCCCAAGCUUCAGCUUCAACGCCAGUGACACAUCUGGCUUGAGUGAAGACCAGCCAGAUCCAGUACAGACUACGCCCUCGCGGAGCGUGCAACACAAGAGAAAGAUCAGUGAGUUCGGCGGUGGAGUAGGCAUGAACGCGGUCAUGAAUUCUAGCCCCACGAAAACAUCAGCGUUACAAAUUCCAGACUCGCCCACGCGAAAGCACAAAUCUGGUCAUUCUCGUUCCAGGAUCACAAUGUCCAGCAUGGAGUGGAGUAAUACCAUGACGCACGCCGAGACCCAGCCUCGCAUGAGCAGCAGCUUGCCAAACACUCCGCUCGAGCAGCCGACAGCGAGUGCGUCUAGCACAGAGAAUCCCCCGUCUGGAAGCCCGUUUGGACCUCCGCUUGCUGACGUCCAGGCCCGGCCACCGUCUCGGCCACGGGUAGAGUUUUCCGACAACAUCGAGUAUAUUCCGCGGCCCCUCUCCACCGUAUCUUCAGACACCGGAAGCUCCAUGUCGACGGUCCGGGGACAUUGUGUUAACAACAGCAUAUCAUCGGUUCUGAGCAUGGGAACUUCGAGUCAACUAUCGUCACGUAUGCGUGCACUAUCAUUGGAACCUACCCUGGAAAAUGAGCCAAAGAACAACACUCGAUCGUCCAUUGACCUCGGCAAGCGAGUCGAGAGAGAAGGCCAGUGGCUGAAGAAAGCCUCCACGCUGGAGAACUUGGAGCUGCAGGUCUCAGAACCAUCAGGCUCACUGAAAUCCUCAGAUGGGCCUGCCGAGCCUGCAAUCAACAGCCAGCUGCCGGCACACAAGAGGAAGCAGUCGCUCAGCCACGCGCUAGGUUUCGAUCGUCGGCGUAGUGAGCCUUCGAUGGGAAUGUAUUCUGGUGAGCCUUCACGCCUCUCUGCAUUAUCACGCCUCUCUGCACUGUCCCUGCAGGAGCCUUCCUCUGCUCAGGCUAUCUCCACCUCGGACCUGCGCUCUUCGCCCAAGAGACUCAAGGAUUGGGCUGUUUCGAAGCUCUCGCGGCGAUCGAGACCGCACUCGGUGUAUCUGACCGCACCGAGUCAAACGGUUGGCGCGGACGCAAGCCCUGUGAGCGAGCCUGCUGCAGCUGAGACAGACUUGGAUGUCGCUUUCACCAGCCUAGAAGAAGACACGGCCCCCUCUGGUGGCGUCCGCGCACAGGAGGUCGUCGAGCCGCCAACAUCCUCGAAUUAUAGCCCUAAUCAAGUGGACGAGAGCAGUGCCAUGCUCGACCUGGAUGCAGCCCUCGGCCCGUUCAAUACGCCGCCUCUGGGAUCGCAACGUCCUCGUCGAGAAUUGCAUAGCAGCCGUGGCACGAAAGACUUUGUUGGACCAGGACUUCACUACGUGCCCAGUUCGAGCCACCGUCGCACCGAGAGCGCACCUCUCCUGACGCCCUUUGAGCAGAAUAGGACCGGAACGCCACCUCAGGUUGCCAUGGGAAGCGUCUUCGAAGAGGACGAAGAAGAGGGGCAGGAGGACGAGGAAGCUGCCGAACCGAAGUCGGCCCGGCCAAGCAGCACGCAGUCGGUGCAAGAUGAAGAGCUGGGCACGGGUGUUCAGAUCGUGGACUCUGACAUUGGAGCGAGCACUUCUGACCUCAAUGCGACUCUCGACGACUUUCUACGAAUCAGGCAGGGUGAAUGGGAGCCUGAGAGACCGACGACUUCGUAUGCGACCCUUGGUUCCAGGCUUUCGACUCCAAUCUUGCACCGCCGAGCUUCUUCUGUCAUCGAGGAAACCAUCUUGGAAGAAUCCAGUCCGGUCGAGCCAACGGUUGUCGAAGCGCACGAGGAGCCUAGGGCUCAGUCGCUAACCAAGUCCUCGGAUAGCAGCGAGACCCCGACCAUCCUGGCGGGUCCUGACACGGCUGACUCUCUGGCUCUGCCUGCGGGACAACCAUCGCUGACCACGCCCGAGAGCUAUCAGUGUUCCGCGUUUUCCUCGCCAGACUUUGCUCGUCGGCAAAGCUCCUUCGACACCUCGAGACUUGGAACAUCGGCAUCAUCGAUCGCAGACAACCGCACGGUGAGCUCAUGCACGACGGGUGAAGCUGUGCCGGAGGUGCGCAUUUCGGUCGACGACGUGCCAUCUCUGACCAGCAGCCGAUCCACGAUGUUCAGCACGAUGCACGCCAACUCUUCGCGUCGUGACAUGGGCGGCGCACGCACACCAUCCGUCACAUCUGGUACGCUUGACCCGAUGGUGGCGGCCGAGCGGCGACGCAAGCGCGGAAGCAUCCAGAGUCUUUCGCAACUCAUGGGAGGCUCCUUUGGAGCUCGACCGGGCACUGGCAUUGGCAUGGCAGACAGCCGGCCACAGACGGCAACGGAUUUGGACAAGGGACCGAAGAAGAAGCAGCACCGUCUGAAGAAACUGAUGUUCUGGAAGUCCAAGACACGGCAGGCCAGCACGUCGACGAUUCUAUAG